CCUGGGCUUAAGACAGAAACCACAGAGCUGGGUUUCUCUUUGGGUCGUCGUGGUGUCUGAUGACCUGUGGGUGCGGUUAAAUAAUCUUUAAUACUACUACCUUUUACUCUCCUGACCUCUUAACCACACCUUGAUUUAUUUAUCGACCACAGCAGUUUCAUCUGAGGGUGACGGACUAAGAGAGGCCGAAUUCAGACCAGUAUCAGAGUGCAUCAGAAUAUUUUGCCAGUAGUGCUGUGGAACAUCCAGGAUGAAGAUCCACCAGGUUGUCUUCUUGCUCUACUUAUCAGCUCUGUGUCCUGUCACUGCUAAACUCAACAUCUACACUGGAGCUACAGGAGGAAAUGGGAGCAUCGCCUGUAGUUUCUCAAAGCAAUAUGACUGGAAGUUCUUCUGUAAAAACGAAUGUGAAGGAGAGGAUAUUCUUGUUAAAACAGACGGUGUCAAAGCUGUGAAUGGCAGAUUCAGAGCUAGUUACCAAGAGGUGUCUAAAUCAGGCACAAAGAGCACUUUAAGCGUGACCAUCACAAACCUGAAGAAGUCAGACUCAGGACGCUACAGGUGUGGGCUCGGAGGGGCCGACGCUCCACAGUCUAACAGUGAUUUUAUGGUCAGAGUUGUUGAUGAUCCAAUUCAGGGAAACUCGUACUUUGCUGGUACAAAGGUUGAAGGGGAACACUAUACACGUGGAUGCAGUGGUGAUCCUGUCCCUGGAGGUUGGAUGUUCCUCUGUAGGGGAGACUGUGUUAAAGAAGAAGACAUUCUCAUUGAAACCAAUACCAGCGAUGCUCAGAGUGGCAGAUACCGCCUUGAAUAUAGAACUAAGUCUCUGUAUGGGCUGUACGUGACCAUCUCAAACUUGACCAGGUCUGACACUGGAUGGCACAGGUGUGGUUACGGCAGAGCCCUGUCUACAGUUUCAUAUCAAGACUUUCCUCUCAUCGUCAUUUUUGAUCCCAGUACCACUGAGAGUCCAAAGGUGACCACAGAGGAGCUUCCUGCUCCUGUCUCCACCCACAGCUACAUCCUUACAGAUCCCAGUACCACUGAGAGUCCCCCAGUGACCACAGAGGAGGUUCCUGCUCCUGUCUCCACCCACAGCUACAUCCCAACAGAUCCCAGUUCCACUGAGAGUCCCCCAGUGACGACAGAGGAGGCUUCUGCUGGUGAAGAGUGUCACCUGCAAAGCAGGAGCCCCCCAACAGAUGGGCUGCUGUACGUGGUCGUGGUUCUGGUCAUCAUCAUCAUCGUCUUGGGGCUGGCGCUGACAAUAGUUUGUGCUCACAGGAACAUCAGACCCCAUGGUUUGAACAGCAGAGUAUACAGAGACAGCAUGAAUGUGGAGGUCCCCUCUAAUGAGUACCAUCUUCCUGUCUCUGGCUGUGAAUUGACCGUCUACGAUAAAUUAUGUCCAGCCAAAACAGACCAAAGCGACCCCAACCUCAGCUAAAAACCACAGGAUGCUGCUGGGCCUAGUCCCUUGGAUAUUUACUGAGCCUCUUUCAGCCUGUUCAUAGAGAAACAGAUCAGAUAGAGCUUCAGUCAUCAGGAAGGAAAUUCAGUUUAAUCUAGAACUUGAUUGGAUAAAAACUCCCCUAAAAACUAUCAGACUUAAAACAUCUUUGUUCUAUCCUAGUCUAGGUCUUUCCAAAUGCGAGGUCCAGGUUGUUGUUGAAUUGUGGUCCAGACAACAAAAAUCUCUUGUCAGUUGUGGUCCAGAUCUGUGUUCAAUCAUGGUCCAGCCUUAAACAUCUUCGUUCAGUUGUGGUCCAAAAUGAAACAUCUUUGUUCAAUUAUGGUCCAGCUAUUUGUUUAAUUGUGGUCCGGCUCUGUGGUCAAUCAUGGUCCAAAUCUUUGUUCAGUCAGGGUCCAGAUCCUCCGCUAUUCAAGGUCCAGAGUUUUUGUUCAAUCUUGGUCCAGAUCCUUGUUUGAUCUUGGUCCAGAUCUUUGUACAGCUGUGAGCCAGAUCUUUUUGCAGUUGUGGUCCAGAUCUUUGUUCAGUCAUGGUCCAGACAAAAACAUCUUUGUUUAGUUGUGGUCCUAGAUAAAACACCUUUAUUUUAUUGUGGUCCAGAUGUUUUGUACAAGCUUGGUCUUUAGGAAUGAAUAGAAAGAGCAUUCAAACUUUAAAGCUCUAAAUGGACCUGUAUGCUACAGUUAUCAGAAAAUUUCUACAUACAUUGAGUACGAUCCUUACACUGGCUCUUUCACCAACUGCAGGACACUACUGGACACAAACACCAAUCUUUUAUAAAAGAGCUAUAGUUGUUAAAUGUUUAAUAUAUGCUAAUUAAACAUUUAACAACUAUAGCUCUUUUAUAAAAGAUUGGUGUUUGUGUCCAGUAGUUGUUAAAUGUUAUAUAUAUGCUAAUUAUAAAGAAUAUCUACUUUUAAGGUAAAUGAUGUACACCCAGUAGGGGGCGCUUUAGCUUUGCCAGAAGGCUACUAUGGCCUGGUGAGGCGUUGCUUCAGGGUUACAGAGACAGGGACAGCCACUAGUUUGACUUUUUGAGAUUUAGUUACUGAAGAACUUUAUUUUUGCAAUGUUUUCUUUUGUUAUAAAAAGUGUUAAUAGCUACAGUAUAUUUAUAUGUUGCACCUUUUACUCGUGUUUUGUGAAUAUAUCUGUGUCUCACUUUGGGAGGCUAGCAAAAAUAAAAAAGCACCAUCAGAGCAAUCCUCCAACUAUGCCUGUGUUACAACAUUGUUUUGUUUUGUUAGGGUUUUUAGGAGAACCCCAUGACAGUAUUAUAAUUAUUAAUUUAUCCAGAAUUCCUUAUUUUCCUCCCAAAUAAAAGCAACUCUGUUGGUUGGUUGUUUGCUUUUGGUCUUUUUUUGUUUCACUUUUUUUCUAAUUGUUGUUGCACAGGAAACAACCUUGUAAACCCUUGUUUUGAUCAGUGCUGUAUAAAUAAAGUUGUUGUUAUUACUAAUAUUAGCAUUGUUAGCAUUAUUAGCAUUCGUAAUAGUCACAUCUCUAUGAUGGUGUUGGUUGUCAUGAUCUGUCAGUGUCUUUGAUCAAUAAUUAUCACUUUGUUAUGUUAAACUGGAAAAUAAGAAGGAUACACAUUUCAAACACAACCUUAAAGCUUUCAUUUAAUGUAGGGAUGACGACUGAAAGAUGUUUAGAGCAAGUCACACUAGAGUAAAGUGUGACAACCAACCCCGUUCUCCCCUUUAAACAUGAAAGGACAGAUGCCUUGAGGAGAUACUUGUUUCUUUCUCUCUUUUU